CCUUCCAUAGCCUGCAGCGGCGCUGGUCCACACAUUAAAACCGAACUCUGCCCUCUGUCUGUCUGUGUUCAACUUGACCGGACAGCAGAAUGUCUCGCGCUGCGGAGAGACUCCGAUCGAUGAUCAAUCAUCUCGAUCGAUCCUCGGCUUCCAUCAUCAGUGAAGCAGCUUCUGCUCAGGCCUUCACCUUCAGCCCCCCGCAGAGACUGAGAUACAGUUUCGACGCGGGCGUGCUGACCCCGGAGCAGCGACUCUUCUACGAGGAAAACGGCUUCCUGUUGGUCAGGAAUCUGGUGUCCGAUGAGGACAUCCAAAGGUUCAGGAAGGAGUUCGAGCGGAUUUGUCGACAGGAAGUGAAGGUUCCCGGACUGGUCGUGAUGCGGGACGUGGCCAUUGCAAAGUCCGAGUUCGUUCCGGAUCAGAAAGCCGUUUCCAAACUGCAGGACUUUCAGGAAAAUCCUGAGCUGUUUCGGUAUUGUUCACUACCACAGAUCCUGAAGUAUGUGGAGUGUUUCACUGGACCCAACAUCAUGGCCAUGCACACCAUGCUGAUCAACAAACCUCCUGAUGCAGGUAAGAAGACGUCUCGACACCCGAUGCAUCAGGACCUGCAUUACUUCCCCUUCCGGCCGUCGGACCGCAUCGUGUGCGCCUGGACGGCCAUGGAGCGAGUGAACAGGCAGAACGGCUGCCUGGUCGUCCUGCCGGGAAGCCACAAGGGCRCCCUGCAGGAGCACGACUAUCCCGAGUGGGAGGGCGGGGUCAACAAGAUGUACCACGGAGUGAGAAACUACGACCCGGAUCACCCCAGGGUGCACGUGGAGAUGGAGAGGGGCGACACGGUCUUCUUCCACCCACUGCUCAUCCACGGCUCGGGCAUGAACCAGACCAAGGGCUUCCGCAAGGCCAUCUCCUGCCACUACGCCAGCAGCGACUGCUUCUACAUCGACGUGAGGGGAACCACGCAGGAAAACAUCGCCCAAGAGGUGGAGGAGAUAGUCGUGAAGAGGCACGGUGUGGGUGACGCCAUCUUUAAGGACGUCUGGGCCUUCAGGGGUCGCCUGGUUCAGGGAGAGAGGAAGACGAUGURAAGAAACUUCCAUCAAGACCUUCAGCCGACACGGAGAAUAAAAAGGGUUAAUCCAAGAAUCGGGCUGUUAGAAUGAUCGAUUUUAUGAAACGAUAAUGUGGAUAGAUGCAGAGGAAACAAUCUGUCACUGUAAAGCUAAAUAAAACCACCUGAGGCCUCCGAUGCUUACAGAACUGUUAAUACGUUGAAUCAUUUUAGAUAUUUUAUAACUUGUACGUUUAGAAGCAAAUAUUCUUUGAAAAUGUAAUAAUUUAUUAACACUAAUAAUAAAAUAAAGACGUGUCUGUAUGGUGACUUCAGUAGAAAAAUGUUUGAAAGAGUUUUAAAUGUGUUUUUGAUUUGAAAUAAAAAGAAUAAAGUGGUA